AUGAGCCCAACACUCCCUCCAGAGAUCCAGAUCAUGGUCGCACAGAAUCUCAAACACCAAGACCUCUCCCGUGCCGUCCUGCUCAGCAAAGCUUGGUACUCGAACUGCAACCCUCUACUCUACCACACUGUUCGUCUGUCAACACCCUUACAACGCCAACGGUUUCUGAGCCUUUUCGUAUCCAAGGAUCGCAUUACUCGACAUGCGCCCCAUAUCAAGUACCUGAUGACACGGCAUCUUGAAAUCCUUCAACCGUUGAUGCGACUCGACAACACUUCAGGACUCUCGCUCGUCGGGCUAGAAGUCCUAGCUUUUCGAGCUCUUCACAGCCUCACCUCGGAAGAAGACGACCUCCUGCUUGCAUUUCUCAAGAAGAACCCUCAACUGCUUCAUUUAACUAUCAGGAGGGUCUCGGAGAACGCAGAAGCUUAUCUGUCAACCAUCGCCAAAUAUCUACCCAACCUGCGCACGCUCAGCAUCUUUGACGUCCUGGGUCUCAGUCCUCCGCUUGUGCUCAGGGACGCGGCUGUUCGGUUUCUGGAUACUUGCUCAGCGGAUCUGGAACAACUUGUGCUGGCGUGGGAGACUCUUUCUUACGACGAAGUCGGAAUUGGUUACCACGGCGGCGAUGAUGGUGACGAGGCGCAGGAUUCACUGAAGACGAAAACACAUCCGGCGCUUAGAUUUCUCUCGGCGAGAGUCAAUUCGAACUCUGUUCUUGCUUCGUUUGUUGAGGGCUCUCCUGGACUCGAGGCCGUCAUUCACCCAGAGUUCCAAAGCAGGCUGGUCAAUACUCCUUUCCAACACAGUUCGCCAUUCCACCUGGCCCUUCAGAAGAUCACUGGUGUGCGAUACAUGGAACGUUCUGUGCCCGCUACGAUCUCUGACGACCGUACCAUUGCUAGUUUGAUAUCGGCCAUUAACAACUCGCAGGACGGUGUUCAGCAGCAGUGGCGCACGAUAGGGAUCGAAGGCGUCGUAUAUGGAGGUGGAGGUCUUGACGAGACUGUCAAAGCCAUUGUCAACAACUGUGCGCAUGGAUUGGUACAUCUUCACAUUCCGCAGGGAUGGCAGCUGAUGAGUCGAGACCUUCAUUCUAUUCUUUGCUCCGCGACGGACUUGCGGGUCUUUAACGUGGUUCAUUUACCUAGGAUGAGCGCUACGUAUGUGAUAUCGUCGCCUUGGGGUUGUCGCUGGUUGACCAAGCUGUCGGUUCAGAUUAUCAACAUCCCUCGACCGGAUAUUCUCAUUGACAGGAAAGGGCGUUUCCGUUCUCGGGGUGAGAGAGCAGCGGAGGGGACUUUAGAAGCGAGUCGUGCGAUGCAGCGGAAGGUCUAUCGGCAACUCGGGGCAUUGACGUGUCUCGAGUUUCUAGCCUUGGGGCUGGAUAUCGAGAAUGGGUCAAGGGAGGAACUUGUGGAUGAUGUUGAUGGAACGAUAUACGACCCCCAGUUUCAGUUGAAUUGUUUAGAGAUGUCGUUGGCGAGUGGGCUGGAGUUAUUGGGUGGACUAUCGAAGCUGAGGUAUUUGAGGGUUGUGGGGAUGGAGCAUAGGAUUGGUGUCCCUGAGCUGCAGUGGAUGAUGGUGCAUUUCCCUCGACUGGAGCUGUUGAAGGGUGUUGAUCCUGAGCUCACAAAAGCAUUCACAAUGGAUUCAGACCUCCCGCCAGAGAUUUGCACACUCCUGGCCACCCGACUCGGACACCAGAGUCUGGGCAGAAUCACCCUCCUCAAUAAGGCCUGCAACAAAACCUGGACCCCUUUCCUCUACAACCACCUUCGCAUCAUCACCCCUCUCCAACGAAGUCGAAUCAUGACCGCAAAGUUCCUCAAUGCUCUCUCUCGCAAUGCUCGAUUUAUCAAAACCAUUCAAACCCGCUACCCUCUUACCCUCGUCCCAUUUGCAGACAAGGACGAGGUGCCCACUUUACAACUGCGCACUCUCGAUAUCUUGACAGACGCUCGGGCAGAGACGUUGACUCAGGAGGAGGAUCUAGCGAUUGUGAGGAUUUUGGAGAGGAAUCCGGGGCUGCUGCAUUUAAAUAUCCGCAGAGCGCCUAUUUACCCGGUCAGGAUCCUGAUGACGAUCGUGAGGUACCAGGUGGCCCUGCGGUCGUUGAGUCUUUUCAAUGUGACAGAGUAUGAGAAAAUCCCGCAGGGGACUGUUGAACUCGCCAAGGUGUUUCUGGAUCAGUGCUCGGCGGAACUGGAGACCCUUAUCCUGGCACUCUUCAUCGACGGGUUACAGCUCAGCCACGACCCGUUGCGACAUGGAGGCCCACUUUCGAUCGCGGGGGAAAUCCCGACGACGUGCAAGAAGCAUCCGAAGCUUAGGAUUUUUACAUUGGUGGGUCUUCAGGACGGGUCAGAGUUGGAGUGGGAUGUGUUGAAGACGUUCCUCCCCGGUUGCACGUCGCUUCAGAUUCUAGAUAGUGCGAGGCCACAACUCUCGGAUGGGAUCAUUGGUUGGGUGACCGACGGUGGCGAUGUCGGGGAUGCUCUGGGACAGGUCAAGGGUGUCUGGCCUCAACCUCUCUUCGCCAACAGCAAUCGUCCAAAAUACAACGAGGACCAGGUGAUCUCGACGACGGUCGCCAACAUCGUCAAGGAGACAGGUCAGUUUCGACCGGUCUGGCAUACCAUCACUCUCCACUGCCGCUUUGCCCUCGAAUUGACCCAGACUGCCCAGGCGAUCGCCCGAGUCUGCACAACGGAUUUAGUCCGCCUCAACGUCGGCGGCGCUUCACAGUUCGGAAGCAAGGGAAUGCAGGCCGUCCUUACCAGCUGCCAGGACCUACGCCAGUUCGACUCGUUCGAUCACGACAGGACGAACAACUAUCUCUACACAUUUUACCCAUCGAUCUCAGCCAAGGAUAUGAUCAGCCGCCCUUGGGUCUGCCGCUGGUUGACGCUCUUGCAUCUCGAGAUUUUGGAUAUCCCAAGACCCGACAUCACUGUUGACGGCAGCGGCGAUCCACUCGAACUUUUUGGGGAAGAGGAAAAUGCGACCAAGGAGGAGAGCCACGAGAUCCAGAGGAAGGUCUAUAGUCAGCUUGGAGCCCUGUCGUGUCUUGAAGAACUGUACCUGGGCCAUCGACAACAUGCAAUGACGAACUUGGCCCUCCAGCAGGAGGUCGAGGGCAGUGAUUACGACUAUGAGGACGAGGAGGAUGAAGAAGACACGGUUGGCACAAGCCAAUUUCAGAUGAACUGCCUUGAGUUUUCCCUCGAGAGCGGCUUGCACCUCUUGGCAGGUCUAAAGGAGCUCCGGAUCUUGGAUGUCACCUUUACUUGCCACCGGAUCGGUGUACCAGAGUUGGAAUGGAUGGAAAUCAACUUCCCAAACCUCGCCUCACUCCGCGGUCUAGACCCCGUACGCUCAAUGGAGAACGAUGUGCAAUGCAAGUCUGUGUUGAAGACACUCGGGUUCUUUGGUCCCGAAGCGCUGACAUGGGCACGAACCCACAAGAUCGAAUGGCUCCCUAAAGAAGACCGGACGGACCAAGAGUGGCGGUGGGUUGGUGAACAGGAAAGCGAUUAG